AUGUCGUUGAUAAGCGGAGGAGAGUCAGACACGAAAUUUACUGCCAGUAUUUCCUCCAAUACAAGCGAACGCUUGUUUCAGAAAAAAGAAGAUGAUGUGAGUGAUUCUUGUCAAGAAGAAUAUGAAUCCGAUGAUGACAUUGUCUAUUUUUCCAGCUCAUGCACCCUUGAGAUAAAAGGAGAUACAGACGACUCCGAGGAUGAAGAUGAACCUGAGGAUGCAGACGGUGACGAGGAUUCAGAAGACGACGAGGGAACUGAUCUUGACUUUGAUUCUUGCAGACCGUCAAAGCAGGAAGAACCGUCUCAGGAGGCAGUAGAUAAGCUGGAGGAGAUUCGGUCUUUUAUGCCUGCUGGAAUGGUAAAAACUGAUGAGCUGUAUUAUAUUGACAUACAUGGUUAUAUAGGAGAAGGUUAUGGGGGAUAUGGAAUUGUUAUACGGAACAGCUCCAAAGAACCAUAG